AUGUGGGAGUUAAUAGCUUUACAGUCAUUUUCAAAAAUCUGUGCAGACACAUCUUCCCUCCCUCGUACCCUGGGUGAGUUACAGCUGUAUCGUGUCCUGCAGAGAGCCAACUUACUGGGUUACUAUGACACCUUCAUCCAGCAGGGCGGCGAUGACGUGCAGCAGCUUUGUGAAGCCGGAGAAGAUGAAUUCUUGGAGAUCAUGUCUUUGGUUGGCAUGGCAACAAAGCCUCUCCAUGUGCGAAGAUUACAGAAAGCCUUAAGAGACUGGGCUACUAAUCCAGGACUGUUCAACCAGCCACCUUUGGGAAAUGCCCCUCUAAGCACCAGCAUACCUUUAUUCAAGAUAUCUGAAACAAUGGGAAGGGUUGGUAGACAAUGUAAUGGCGUUAUUAGUAAUUCUGAAAGCCUAAACAAAACCAAUGUGGGUUUUGGUGUCCCAGAGCAGCUGGAACAGCAUGAGAAAAGAUCACCUGUACAACUGGACGGCAGAACUUGGACAGUGCAGGUUUCUCCAGAUCAGAAUGAAGCAGAUGACGAUGAUGUGGAUGAUGAUGAAGAUGGGAGAGGAAUGCCAUAUGGCCCAGGAGGUGAAAGGUUGGACCUUGACAUGGUACAGGUGAUAUCAGACAGUGUGGAAAGGCUGAUGAAAGGCUUGCCACGUGGUGAUAUAGCUGAGGCACGAUCCAUGCUUAAAAUAAACAAAAAAUUGGGGAGGUCACUGGGCCAUAUCUUUCACAUGGCAGACGGAGGGCCCAGAAAAGAGAGGGAGAUAAGAAGGCACAGUGCUAUAUAUGGAAGAAGUGACUCCAAGAGACGUGAAGGAAAGAGACUCACGCUGCAUGAGCUGACAAUUAAUGAAGCAGCGGCUCAAUGCUGUAUAAGGGAUAACACCUUGCUCCUGCGGAGGGUGGAAUUAUUCUCGCUGGCCAGGCAGGCUGCUCGGGAAAGCUCUUACUUAGCAUCUCUAAAAUGCUCCAGGUUAACUCCGGAGGAAAUGGGUGCACCACAAGCAAAACUACUUAAACAAGAGGUUGUGGAGGUGUCAUUGCAAGGCGAAUCAGAGGGGGUAAAUACAUUGAUGAGGCAUAGCAUGGAAGAAGACAGUGGCAGCAUUUCAGGGGAGAGCAUGGAUGGUCAUAUGCAAGCUGUGACGGUAAGAAUACCAUCAUCCCCAGGAGUUCCUCCUACAGACUUAUCUAUUGCUCUCCCACACCCAUCUCCAUGGAGUAGACAACUACUACAACAGACACUGAUGGAUGAAGGGUUACGAUUGGCCAGGCUGGUAUCACGUGACAGGUUGGGCCGUAUUAGCCUGUGUGUGCCUGGGACUCCUCAUAUCUCAGAAUGUGAGGACGGAGGAUCAGAAAGUUGUUCAAGUCUGCCGGUUUCUCCACAAAUCACAGACCUCCGAACUGGGAGCUGCAAGGAGCACGAGUAAGACAAAGGCAUACCAGUAUAACGUCUGUUCAAGGCUGAGGAUUCCCAUUAUUUGCUAACCCAAAGCCAUUUAGGACACUGAGCCAUCACAUAAUGACGUGUCAUCACUAUCUUUAGUGCAACUACUAUUUAUAGUGUCCUAGGUAUAUAUAACGCAUUUUCAGGCUUGGCCGUUGGGCUUUCACGCAGAGAUCUUGGGAGAUAUUUGGUUUAAAUGUACUGUAGUGCAUAUUGUAAUGGGCUGGAUCACGUUGUAUAACAUGCUUAGCUUUUAAAUGAGAUUGCAACUGUAAUGUUUUAUUCAUAUACAGUAAUAGAUGUAAGUAAUAACAGUGAAUUGCUUCUCAUUACAGACAGUACAACAGACUGCAUGGUAUAGGAAGUCAGGCUACAAUGUAACUCUUAUUCUGCAGAAUAAUUUACAACCCAGUAGAGUAGAGGCAGCUAGCUGUACACCACAUAUAAGAGUCAUGCAAUACUGUCUACUGAACACGUUGAAGUAGCUUGUAUCUCACUGCGCUCAUAAUUCUUCACUUGCUGGUGUCCCAAUAAUCAGAUUAAAAACAAGCAGUCUGAUUUUGGAUACCGUAUAUGCUAUAUUCAGUCAAUGAUCCAGCUGGUAGUUAGCCCUUAGAUGAUGUAUACAUGUGAUCCUCCCAGUUAAUGGAAGAAUGAUGAAUCUUUGAGCAUCAGGUAUUCAUUAUUUUACUGAUUUGUCAUGAUUAGGGUCUUCGCCAUAUAAAUAAUCGUGUUUUUCCAUAAACCUUUGCUUGAAAAAUUUGAAUUUAAAGGAUGAAGCCUUGUACACACGACCGAGAAACU